AUGUCUCUAUUACAUGCCAUGCUGACGUUGGUUACAGGGAAAACUAUUGGCGAAGAAGAUAUGUUCAAGUAUACCAGCGGCCGGUUCCUUAUAAACGAGGAACACCAAUGCCAGCAGCGUUACAUCAAGUUCGACAUCCCCCAGCUUUGCGCCGUGGCUGCCACAGCUGGAGCGUCCGCGUCUCCUGUUAUGUCAAUCGAGAAGAUGGAAGGCGGCUUUUGUAAAGCACUUUUAAUGCGAAAAGCAGAUGGGACUGAGGUAGUUGCAAAGCUGCCAUCGAAGUUGGCCGGACCUCCAAGUUAUUCCACGGCCUCGGAAGUUGCUCCUGGCGUUCAACUCUAUAAGAAAUGGGGAGACAUGGACGGCACCUCGAGACUUGAACUCACAAAACAUCUCGGAAAUCUUGAGAGUGAACUAGCAACCAUACAUUUCCCAGCUUCCGGGAGUCUAUACCUCAGAGGCUCUAGCGUACCAAAGGGGAGUUGGAAUCUCCCGGACUCGAUUGACCCAAGCCAAUCAUAUUGUAUUGGGCCAUCCAUGGAACGAUCCUGGAAUAAAACAACAGGUGCAAGAACUUGUGAGCCUGGAAUUAGUGCUGGUCCUUGGACAUCACUGUCUGAGUACGGUAUUAACAUUGCCAAGCGCGAAAUAUCUCGGAUCCCAACGUCAGCUAAAGAUACCCGCCCUUACAAUCGUAAUCGUUGUGCUGAUAGGGAAAUUGCCGACCUUACAAAAGCAACGACUGUCUUCAAGAUAUUAGAGUCUCAGCAUCCUGAACUAGCAUCAAUUUCAAAACCAAUACUGUGGCACACAGACUUGCAUUCAGGGAACAUCUUUGUCUCUGAGCAGGAUCCAACACAAAUUGUAUCGAUUAUCGAUUGGCAGUUUAUAUCCGCUGGCCCCUUAUUUUUACAAGUAAAUUGGCCUGAUUUUCUCAAACCCAAUGAUGAGUAUAUUUAUGGAGUUGUUCAACCACAGCUUCCGGACGACUUUGAGACCCUAGAUGAAGCUGAAAAAAAACUGGCAAUUUCUGACAGAAAUGAUGCAAUUGUCACAAAGUCCUAUGAGAUACGCUCUGCUUUGCAUUGCAAAGAUGUGUAUCGAAGCCUAAAUCUGCCAUCUGUUUUCUUAGAAACCUUCAUACGCUGUGGAGAGGCAAGUGCUGAAGGCACAAUAGGUUUACGUGCCUGCCUGGCUGAACUCUACAAAUCAUGGGAUUCAUUGGGGUUUACUGGAGAGUGUCCAUUAUCAUUCACAGAUGAUGAGCUUCAAGUUAUCGAAGCAGAAUUUAAAGAAUAUCGAGAUUGGCAUGACGUUCAAGAACUUGCUAAAAGAUACCUCGAGACGGAUGCGGACGGCUGGAUAUCCCCAGAGUUGGACUUUGCCGAAAUUCAACAGCGCAACCGAGCUGUUAUUAAAAGAUAUGUAAAAGAAAUGUCGAAACAUAUGCCACCAGAAGCAGCUUUGGAAAUGUGGCCUUUCUAA